AUGCGCGUGUUGCUCGUGCUGAAUAUUUUGGCUCUUGUGCUUGAGAGAGGAUUUGGCCUAUCACCAAAAGCGAGGGAGUCCCUGGCGAAGGUAGGAAAUAACAAUCGAAACAGGCAACACCUACUGAUCGGACCAUUGACGAAAUCAAUCAGGAAGAAGGCGUCAGUGACUACCUCUACGGUGGAGAUAUUGUCCUCACUGAGUGCGCGACAGCUCGACAUGAUUGAGGCCAGUUUCCAUGAAAAUAAUGUGACUCGUCACAAGCGGUCAAUUCGACAAUGUAAAUCCACGAUGGGAGAACAAUCGGCUUUUCUACUCCUUUGA